CCUCCUCCUCCUCCACAUCGCCAGCCAGCAGCCACCGAGUCCAACCAACGAACGGAGGAGCGAGCUCCACCCUCGGACGAGUAAUGGCGAUCAAGAAGGGAGGCGCGGCGGGGCUGAAGCAGAUCCUGAAGCGGUGCUCGAGCCUGGGCCGGCGGCAGCAGCAGCAGGGCCACGGGCAGGAGCAGCGGCACUGGGAGGAGGAGGAGGAGGCGGCGCCGUCGGACGUGCCGCGGGGCCACUUCGCGGUGUACGUGGGCGAGUCGCGGCGGCGGUUCGUGGUGCCCAUCGCGGUGCUGGACCGGCCCGAGUUCCGCUCCCUGCUCCGCCGCGCCGAGGAGGAGUUCGGCUUCGGCGGCGCCGGGGACCUGCUCGUGCUCCCCUGCGAGGAGCUCGCCUUCCGCUCCCUCUGCUCCGCCUCCUCCCUCCCCUGCGCCGCCGCCCGCUGAGGCCCCGACCUUCCAUUUGUUCGGUCCGUCGGUCCUGCCUGGCGCCAUUGCCAGGCGGGCCGACGGCCGGCGAGGUGCAGUGCAGUGUGUAAAUACGGAUCCAUGCAUCGAUUCGACGCGGCGCAUGCGCGUAUUAGCGCGCGCCCUUGGAGCCACCAUUGAUUUGAUUGCCGUGUGUGUGUGGGCUGGAAGAAGAUGGAGGAAGACGAAGAGGAGAUCUUUGGAGAGAGAGGGAGAGAUUUUUAGAGCUAGUGACCGGUUUAAUUACCGGCCGGUGUGUGAGUUAAUUUGCGUGUACGUUGUUUGUGACGUGUUGGAGUCCUUUAGCCCUCAGCCUUCUCCAACAGUGGAGGAGAGCUUAAUGAGGCGAGGCGAACCGUCAUUACACCCCCUUUUUCACUCUGUACAUGCAAGUUAAGAUGUGUUUGACCGGCUAAGCUAGCUAGCUCUAGCGAACGAGGUAAUGUGUGCGUGCAUGUUUCUUCUCCUCCCCUGGGUUCGGAAAUAAACAAUGGUGGUUAUUCUCAUA